UUUCGGUCGGCUGUAUUGCAAAAAAAAAAGCAUAUUUUGACGAAGAAAAUUCGUAAAAAAACAUCGCGUUGAUUUCGUCUGAGACAUUGUGUGGUUUGUGGAAAAUUGAAAACGUGGUUCUAGAAGGCGGUUUGAGUGUUAUUUGAAUAGAAAACCAAAAGUUUGCUGCAAUAUUAGGUGUACGACUAUAUAUUAUGUGGCUAUGCAUAUACUUAUAUACAGAUCAGUAUUUCGCAUAUAUUAAGUCUCAGACAUAAAUAAUGGUUUACGAUGCGCUAAGUAAUACACUUAUGUAAAUGAUGAUAGAUUUUGGCGCAAUUUUGAAAUUUGAUUAGAACAUUAUUGAUGGUGAUAAAUAGAUUGAUAAAUAGAUAAGAAUUUUAUGAAAAUGUGGCAAUUGUGGAAUUUAUAACCAAAGUUAAAAUUUACAUUGUUUCGAGAACUGCAACCGAAUUAUUUAAUUGAUUUAAGUGAAACUAAAAAUUAUUUCAUUUUGUGCCAAAAAUGAUAGAAUCGAAGUGGCGACAAGUAAAGAAUCACUUUAAUUAUCCAGACGAAUUAAUGAAACCAGACUCACAUAUUUUAUCUUGGCAACAGUCGGCACUGGCCGCAUCGUUUACAAAUCAUCGUUUUCUCAGUGAAUUCAACAAAGUCAAUAAAGCGAAUUGCAUCUCACCGGAAAAUUUAACACAGAAUGGAAGCUCAGAUAUGGAUCAUAGUCAUGUAAAUGGUGCCAUAAACUUGACUACUAUAACAUCGAGCACAUCACCAUCCGAAUCGCCGAAUGAAACGCCUACCUAUCAGCCUGAUUAUGAACCGCGGACAGAGGAACAGUCAGCUGCCUUAGAACGAGCUUUAAAAGAUCGCCAGAUUGAAUUAGAAGAGACAUGGCAACGCUUGAACGAUCAACACAGUGAAAGUGACCUCGAUUUGGAUAUUUCCACGAACAACAACAACAAUAAAUACAAUUUGCUGGACGACAAUAAGCACCAAGAACAUUGUGAUGAAGGUACAAGAACCUCAUCGGCUCAAAAUAACUAUGCAGAUGGUACCGGCGUCGAACCGCCUCAAAACUCAUCGCAACCGUUGCAAUCGAAUCAUCUGUCUGGACAACAGCAAUUAUCCGAAUCUCAUUCAAGAUCGUCGGAAAAUCAUCCGUAUGAUGCACAUACCCUUCACAACAAUUCCAGAACGCCAUCACCGACCAGUCACACCAAUCACACUAGACGAAGUAGAUCCCGUACACCAUUAAUGACACCGAUAAACAACACCGCACCAAAUCCAUCCAGCAUAGCUGCAAAUAGUCAAUCAUCUAAUCAAAAUCAACUAAAUUCCAAAUCAAAUUCACCACUGUCUCCUGUUCACAAUUUACACCCAACGUCACCAGCCGCCUAUCAGUUGAGCCAGAAGCAACAAGCUCAAAUGCAACAAUUAUUGCAACAACAUGUUUUCUCACCCAAUCAACUGCAACAGCUAAUGAAACACCACUCAUUCUAUAUCCAGCAACAUCAUCAUCAACAACAGCAUCAUCGGCAAAGUCCAUUCGAAUUAACUAGAAAACAAUUAGAGCAAAAUAUGCAACAUUUACAAGAACAAUUACAGAUGAAUUUACUGCAACAACAAAGCCAGCAAUUAAUUCAAUCAGGGGAUGAUCAUCACAAAAAGAAAAGUCAAAAUUCGUCGUCGCAAAUGCAGCAACAAUUAACACUACAGCAACAAGAACUGAUUCAACAAUUGCAAAUAAUACAACGUCAAUAUUUGAUGCAUCAGGGUAUCGGGCUCUCGCCGUUACUUUUAGCUCAACAACAACAACAAGGCCUCCUGCAACGUGAUUCUCAGAGUCCACUUAAUGGACAGCACUUAUACAACGGCAGCCACAAUCCACUUGCUAGUAGUUCUACACCAAAUCAUGGUGAAACUAACGACAAACGAUCAUCGGCACCAUCUGAUCACCCUUCGGAUACCAACAAUGGCACCACGACCCCAACGCAUCGAAAUUCUCAUCAAAUGCAGGCGCUAAGUGGCGGUUCAAAUAGUGCCAUGCCGAAUUCACAUUAUCAACCGAUCAACAAUUACAGUAGCACGUUCAACACUAGCAGUCCCGACAAAUAUGCGAAUCUGUUGAAUUCGAUAGUGCUUAGCCGACGAGACGAGCUCAACAAUAUGCUGAUGGUUAGCGGCAGUCAAAAUAGCUUCGAAGAGCGGAAUGAUGAUAAGUCGGGUCAUCCAUUAUUCGAUCACGGAGUGUGCAAGUGGCCUGGAUGUGAAAUGGUGUUGGAUGAUAUUCCAAUGUUCAUCAAACAUUUAAAUGCUGAACAUUGCCUAGAUGAUAGGACGACGGCUCAAGCUCGUGUUCAAAUGCAAGUAGUUUCUCAAUUAGAAAUUCAUUUACAAAAAGAGAGAGAUAGACUGCAAGCGAUGAUGCAUCACUUGUAUUUAGCUAAACAGAAAACACCGAAUGCGGAUAGUGGUAAAGGAGAGAAUAAGUCAUUAUUGCCACAAAAUUCUGGACAAUAUUUGCCCAGUCCACCAACAAUACAAGUACCGAACUCAAUGUCUUCCGUGCCCAUUCGCUCUCCAAUGUUAAAUUCACCGAAUAUUGGCCCAGUGAGACGACGCAUCACCGAUAAAUCAACAUUGUCAUUAGCAGGUGGUCUGCCAUAUAUGCUUGAAAGGGCUGGCUUGGAUGUGCAGCAAGAAAUACAACGAAAUAGAGAAUUUUACAAAAAUGCUGAUGUUCGUCCGCCGUUUACGUACGCGUCACUAAUAAGACAAUCAAUCAUUGAAUCUCCGGACAAACAACUUACGCUUAAUGAAAUCUACAAUUGGUUUCAAAAUACGUUCUGCUAUUUUCGCCGCAAUGCUGCUACUUGGAAGAAUGCAAUACGUACGAAUUUAUCACUGCACAAAUGUUUUGUGAGAUAUGAGGACGACUUUGGAUCCUUUUGGAUGGUUGAUGAUAAUGAAUUUGUGAAGCGAAGACAUUUGUCACGUGGUCGACCUAGAAAAUAUGAUCCAUCACCAUCACCAACCGCUCCGAAUCAACAACAAAACAACAACUAUUUUGCUAGCAAUUUACCAUCACAGGGUAUGCAGAACUCGAUGCACAGUCCCAACAUGUAUGGAAAUGAAUCGAUGCACGCAAAUUUACAGAACUUUUGGGCAUGCCCACCGAGUCUGCUAGAUGAUGGAUUUAUGGCUAAUCACCAUUUCUUGAGACAAGAGAAACUUGGUUGUCAAUCUGCUAGCCCGGCGAGUUCUCCAUCACAUACGAGUCGUUUCGAUUUUUUAUCUCUAAACGGAUCAAAUCCGGUCAAAAUUGAAAAUGAUCCGAAUGAGAACAGCCACCAUAAUGUGACGAAUUUGAUUAAACGUGAACAAACAACGGAACAUCUAGAAUGUGAUCGAGACUAUGAACAGACGAGUGGUAUCACCGGCGACGUACGUGCCGAAGAUUUGUCUAUGCCGGAACAUGUAUCUUCGCACAUAAUGGAUUCUUAGUGAAUCAGAGAUGAUGUUGCGAAGAGGAAAGAAAAACUUAGCAUAAGUUCAAUCUCAAUUUAAGAAUUUACGGAAUUCUCUAUGCGAAGAGAAGCGAGGUAGAUGUUUUUUUUUCUAAUUUAAUUAUAAUAAUGAAAUUAUAAAAAUUGUAAAAGUAAUACUGGAAACGUGGAGAAUUUUCAAGUGAUAUUAAGUAAAAAAUGGAAAAUAAUUAAAAGAAAUCCCUGUAAUUAAAUGAAAAAAAAAUAAAAUUUGUAAAAUCUUUAUUUAUUUUUAAAAUCAAUGUAAAUAAAUUAGAAAAUUAAUUAAAAGAAAAAAAGUUAAUGAAUCGAUUUAAAUAGAAUUAUCACUGUGAAUAGCAACCCAAAAUAAACUGUAACUUCGUGUAGAUGCUAAAUUAAUAAAAACAUUUUGUUGGAAAUAUUUCUCGUAGGAAAUAUCCAAAAAAAAAAAUGUAACACGAAAUCGCCAUAAUGGAAUACGUUCGAGUAACUCUGGUUAUGCCCAACGGACUCAAUUCGCUCUCGAUAAAUUAUUAAUUUUCUCUUAAUUAAAUUAGCUCUUAAUUUAACCAAUCAAGUAGUUUCUCUUUACAAACUAAAAUAUUUGUCCAGCCGGUGCUUAGUCUAUUUUAAAUUUGUGUUUCCUUCAGAAUAAUGUCUGUAUAACUUAACAUUUUGGUGCUUUUCUAUUUAAAAUACUAACAUUCUACAUUAUGUUAAGAAAAGACAUACAGACAGAAGAGUGUACAAUUUCGCUAUUAGUAGGAAACUGUUUUUAUUUAAUCUUCUCUAUUCCAUAGAAAUAGAAAAUGACUCUCCAAUCCCAACGAUCAUAAACACCCACACACAUACACAUAGAGUUUUCAUGUAAUAAUGUUACAUAACAAUCAUGUUGAUGGCAUUAUAUUCUUGUGAAUGUUCCCUUUAGGAAGUUAUCCUCUCUGAUAACAAUGUUAGACAGUCAAUUUGUAAUCAGUUAUCAAGCUUUUGAUUGAAUUUGCCUUCUCGAUUUUUAUUUUUUUUUUUUUCAAAUGAAUUUGCUAUGUCCCAGUAAUUAUCGGAUCCGAGAAAUUACCUGUCACAUACAUCCACAUACACAUCCACAUACAUCAUCUGUUAUCGAUAACGACGACAAAAAUAAUGACAAGCUUUGGGUAUUA